AUGGAUUAUGCUCCUCGCAAUGAGCUCUUCACUCUAGGGAAGAAUACAGACCUCAAUCUCUCCCUAAGAAAACUAGGAAAGAUCAUAAAGUCUAUUGAGAGAACGUCCAGGGCAAAGAUACGAUGCUCAACACGUGGGGGCACGAGAACGUUUAUGGUUCAUGGGUUCCCCAAGUCGGUUGAAAUGGCAAAGGAGCUUUUGGCCGAGAAAACGUCGAAACCGACGCUGUUGACUUUCGAAAUACCAGCUAGGGUUCGUUAUGACGUGGUGGGCGAUAGGGGCUCUACGGUGAAGGAGCUAGGCAAAACACACGACGUGUCGAUUUGGGUUGACAAGGAGAAGUUUGACUUGAUGCCCCAUCAUGAAAAGAAGCCUGAGCUGCCCAAGCCUGAUUGUCCUUAUCCAACGUUUUUAGACGACAAUAAUGAACCAGUUUUCGAUAGGUACCCCAAAAUGGUGUCGGUUAAGAUCAAGGGUCGUGCUGAGAACUGUGGGCGAGCUAAAGCUGCGAUUCUAGAGACCGUUGAGUCGCUGAUUGAGACUUUGGGGGUAAUGGUUGCUAUUCCUCCUGAAAUACACGCUUUUCGGCGUGACAUUGAAUCCAGUUUUUUGCGGCUUCAUCGUGAUGCAGAUUUGGAGUUCGAUAAUCGGCUGGAUGAUAAGUUAGUCCUUUCUGCCUCGAAGUAUAGGCUUGAAGGAGUUUACAGCGAUCUCAAGACAAUUCUUGCAGAGUUCCAGCGCAAAAUUUGUGUUUGCGUCUUACCCGUCCCGUAUUGGAUGACAGAACAUAUGCCUUUUGACUGCUCCUGCCAUUGGUAUAAGUUCUCUUGUGAUGAGAAAAUCUUUGCAAGAUAUUAUCCUCGAUCAGGUACUCUCAAUAUUUUGAGCGACAAGGAAGAAAACAUGUUGAGUGCCAAACAGCGCGUGGAAGAAAAGUUGGCUGAAUACCGAUCUGUAACCAUUGACUUAAAGGACAUUGGUGAAUUUCGUUAUCUUAAGGGGGUUCUUGACAGUUGCACUGUACAAGAUGACUUGGAUGAUAUUGAAGAAGAUCUUGACGUGAAAUUUCUUCUUCCAUGGUAUCGACUGGAUGAAAUUGACGAUCAAAUUCUUGAAGUUGUUGGUAAGUCUGAGAUUUCACUCGAGCACGCCAUCAAUAAAUUCAAAGAGGUCCUAAUCCCUCGUGAUCAAGUCUUGGUGAUUGAUGAUAUCGAUGUCAUGCUACAGCCAGAGGCAGAAACUAUACUAAUGAAGGUGAUAGGUGAUGAUCUUGAAUUUGUCAGUUUCGAUGAUUGUUUUUACACACUUUGUGUGUCACCAAGCGACAGGGGUCAAUUAACCGCAGUUAACAAUAGCUUGAAUGAGUUGAGAACUAGACAGCAGACAUCCUACAAAGGUCUUGUCUUGCACUUUCCCUCAUCUGACCAAAGGUAUCUCACCACACAGAGUGGCAUCUUACGUUCGGUGUAUGAUGGGGUGGCGGAGGAUUUAUCAAAUUCACGGUAUCCGUACCCUCGUAUUGAAUUGCAUUCCAAUGAAAAGAAGGCAUCCAAUGAUGAGCUCUACAUUUUUGGUAAGCUGCAUGAGGUGGAGAGGGUCGGUAGCAACAUACAGCAAUUGCUCAAAGAUCUUGAAUCGUUCAAGAAGGUGGGGGUUUUCACAAAAACCGUAAAAGUCCCAUCGUACUACUUGAGUGCGUUGAUUGAAAGCAAACGGAAAGGUUUCAUGGAGAUCAAAGAAAAAUAUAAUGUCGGUAUCCAAAUUCAUGACGAGGGAGAUUUGGUCAGAAGGAGCACAAACUUUGCGGACGAGUCUCUGGAGACUUCUCUCACGUUAGCUGGCCUCAAGCACAGUGUUCUAGCUACUGAGCAAUAUCUUGUGGAGAAACUAGACAAGCUCAGGAAUGAAAAGAUGGAGAGUUUCAGUGUAACUGAUCACAGCACCUACCUCAUUGUUAACGACUUUAAUGAUACGAAACCUUUUAAAAUUAAGGUUAUGGAGCGGCUCCUAGAUGUGAAGGUUUGGUUUCAUUGUCGUGGGAGAUCGUACCCUAGACCGGCUUCACCUGACGAAGUGAAUAUUCUGGGAAGGCCAGAGGCGAUAGCGGAAGCCAAGACAAAGCUAAAGGACAUGUAUAAAAUACGAAGGUCUUGA